AUGAAUUCAUACAUACCUCAACUACUGGAAAUUAUUCCGAACGUCUGUGAGAUCAUUGAGAUCGGGUUACACACGCAAUCACCAUGGGCGAAAGCCUAUCGAAUCCUCGCUAGACACCUGGAUGGGACCGAUGGAGCAUACUUCAUGAAGGUGUCGGAGGGGCAUCAUGGCCACGAGGCUCUGAAGGGCGAGUUCGAGGCUACAAGGCAGAUGUUCACAAUCGCUUCGGAUUUCUGUCCGAAUCCCAUCGCGAGAGGCACACUGAAGGCUGCCCCUGGCUCCCAUUUCUACAUUUGCAAAUUCUAUAAGCUGUCUGAGGGCGUUCCCGAGCCGGAUUCGUUUUGCGAGAAAGUUGCAAGGUUACACUCAAUCCACACCUCACCCGAAGGCAAAUUCGGGUUCCACGUCACAACGUACAAUGGAAACCUGCCACAAGACAACACAUGGUUCGACAGUUGGGAAGAGUGCUUCACCCACGGCCUGAAACAUGUUUUCAAGGUUUAUCGAGAGAGAGCUGGCCCCCAACCGGAGCUUGAGGCAAUGCUUCCGGACUUCUACAGCAAAGUUAUCCCACGCCUCCUGAGACCGUUGGAAUCCGGCGGUAGAAAAGUGCAGCCAUCCCUCGUUCAUGGAGAUUUGUGGUGUGGCAAUGCUGCAAUCAUUGAUGAGGAUACCGAAGAUGGUAUCGCUUUUGAUCCGGCCAGCUUUUGGGCGCACAAUGAAUAUGAAUUGGGAAAUUGGCGCCCUGAACGCAAUAUGUUCUCACAACGCUACUUUGAGGCUUAUCAUACGCAUAUCCCGAAAAGUGCGCCAGAAGAGGACUAUGACGACAGAAAUGCCCUGUAUAGCUUGCGCUUCAAUGCGAAUGGUGCCACGGUAUUCCCCGACAGAAGUGAGUGCUUCCAAAUGGUUCUGGAGGAUAUGCGCAGAUUAAUAGACAAGUACCCGGGUGGGUUCGAAGACUGUGAAUAG